CAUCGAGGGGAAGUCCAUUCUGGAGACCAGCGCGAUUCCGUUGAUCGACCAACGACAGCUAAACCACCGCCAAGAUGUCCAUGUUCCGAUCGAAAAAACUCGACCUGGGCUGCACGAUCAAAACCAGGGUGGUGCGAGACCACACCAAGCGCAAGAUCUUUGAGCAGUUCGAGCCGGAGAGGCAAGCGCUGCGAUAUAUCAUCCGCAACACGACGCUCCCGCCGCGCAUGCGGGCCGAGGCGCAGCUCCAGCUCACCCAGAUGCACGCGUACACGAGGCCGACGCAGAUCCGGAACAGGUGUAUACUUGGCGGCAAGACGAGGGGUGUGUUGAGGGACUUCAAGCUCACGAGGUUCAACUUCAGGUUACAAGCCCUCGCGGGGCAUAUUCCAGGUGUCAAGAAGGCCAGCUGGUAGAGGGGGGAAUCAUUGGUGCUGUGGUGAUAUCCAGAAAGAAAAUGCUGGGAUAGCUCCAGGAUGGGGACUUGGGUCUUGGGCACUGAAAAGCUGUCCAGCGGCAGGCAGCAGAUUGCCGUUUGAAGCGAGUGCAAACGGCUCUCGCUCCGCAGGUGACUCGAACCAGCGGAUCAAGUGUGGCUGUGGGUACAUAUCCCGGGGAUACCUUAUUUCUGCAGUCUCCUAUUCCUCAUAUAUACCAUGUACGAACUUGUUGUAGAAGACAUAGGCGCAUAGGAAUCUGCGUUGUUCUUGAGUCUGCA